AUGGUGAAGCCGGAAGCCAGGGGAAAGGGGCGGAGCCAAGGGGGGAGAAAGCUGAGGGAAGCGAUAGCUAAGGCCCGAAGUCAAAGAGACGGAAGAGGGCGGCCCGGCCGGGAUGGUCCCGGCGGCGCCCGGCGACCAUGGCCCUGCGAGGCGCCGCCACCCCCGGAUGGCAACGGGAAGCGAGACUGUGAUUCAAAGAAGAAAAGGAAAGAAGCUGAGAUCUUCCAGGCCUUGAGCAGUGAUCCUGUGGAUGUGGCUGCCCUCAGGCGCAUGGCGAUCAGUGAAGGGGGUCUCCUGGUGGAUGAGAUUCGCCAGAGAGUCUGGCCAAAGCUGCUGAAUGUGAACACGGAGGACCUGCCACCUCUUCCAGGAGAGGAUCUCCGGGAGAACAACAAAGACUACCAGCAAGUGUUGUUGGAUGUGAGGCGAUCCCUCCGUCGCUUCCCUCCAGGGAUGCCAGAUGAGCAGAGAGAGGGGCUGCAAGAGGAGCUGAUCGACAGCAUCCUGCAGGUCUUGCAGCGCAACCCACAGCUGCACUACUACCAAGGCUACCAUGAUAUCGUGGUCACCUUCCUGCUUGUUGUUGGAGAGAGACUGGCAACAGCUCUGGUGGAAAAGCUUUCAACCCAUCACCUCAGGGAUUUUAUGGACCCAACAAUGGACAACACCAAGCACAUCCUGAACUACCUGAUGCCCAUUAUAGACCAGGUGAAUCCAGAUUUGCACGACUUCAUGCAGAGGGCAGAAGUGGGGACGAUCUUUGCUCUGAGCUGGCUGAUCACCUGGUUUGGACAUGUUCUCUCUGACUUCAGACAUGUGGUGCGGUUGUAUGACUUCUUUCUAGCAUGCCACCCCCUGAUGCCAAUCUACUUUGCAGCUGUGAUUGUGCUCCAUCGAUCGGAGGAGGUUCUGGCCUGUGAGUGUGACAUGGCUUCAGUCCACCACCUCCUGUCACAGAUCCCACAGGACCUUCCAUACGAGACCCUGAUCAGUCGAGCUGGAGAUCUCUUUGUGCAGUUUCCGCCAUCAGAACUUGCUCGGGAGGCUGCACAGCAACAAGCUGAGAGAACGGCAGCUUCCACCUUCAAGGACUUUGAGCUGGCUUCAGCCCAACAGCGGCCUGACACGGUUCUCCGGCAACGCUUCAGAGACCGCCUCCGUGCUGAGGAGCGGGCCAAAUCACUCUUGGCGACAAAACCAAGGACCAACCGCUUUGUCAAGCUGGCAGUGAUGGGGCUGACAGUGGCCCUGGGUGCAGCAGCUUUAGCUGUGGUGAAGAGCGCACUGGAAUGGGCACCCAAAUUUGAACUCCAAAUAUUUCCAUGACAGCUGAGGAGAAAGAUUCCCCCUCCACUAUGUCCUGCUUGAUAUGGCAGGCAAGGAUACAGCUGUGUUUGCAGAAGGCAAAUAGGGUUUUCAAAUGUUCAUUGUCCUCCCCACUCCCUCACACAACUUGCCUUAGAAACUUCAAGCAGCUCAGACUUGGCCCCUGCAUGAUGCUGCUUUCUGGCCAAAGGGCAUCAGCUUUCAUCUUGGUGUCCUCCUUGACUAUCCAGAGUCUCUCCCCUUGGGAAAGAGGGAUGUGAUUGCCUUGGGCCAUGGCAAGGCCAGAGAACCUUGAAUUUGCUGUGCUUCCUGCCCAUUUGAUGGGCCUGUAACCUGUGGAGUGAUGGAGCAGUGGCCACUUCAUAAUGUUUUUCACUACUCUGGCUGUUUGCUGAAAUCAGAGAGGAAAGAAACACUGGAUAUUUUCAGGGAAAGUGAUGCUUCUGCAAUAUUAACUGAAACAGAGUGAUGGAAGACAUCUGGGAUGUUUUCAGAGGUGUACUCCCACCACCACCACCAAAACAUUCAAUAGCCUGUGUCCUCAAAAUGUGUAACCAGGCAGGCUGUUUCUGGAAAGUCAACACUUGAGGAGCUCACUAGACUCUAGCAUUUGAAGCCUGCAAAUUGAUUCAUGUUUUCUCCAAGCUGGUGAACUAAUGAAUAUGUCUUAGAAAGGGAACAGCUGCCACCCAGCUACACUCCAAGCAACUAUUUCUGUGGACUGGGACUGAGUAGGAAACCUUGGACCAAGCGCAUGACCUUUUACACCUCAAAAUGUACUUCAGUGUCCUUUCUGUUGCCAACAUCUCACAAAAUCAGUAACAGCCAAUGGGGUCAAAACGGGCAUGAGAAGGACAUUCCUCUUGUCGUGUUUAACCUACAGGACCAAAUUAUUUGAUGUAGAAAAGCACCCUUUAAGAAGUUCUGACAUGCUUACAGAAAAGAGACAUUAUACUGCUGUAAUGAAGGAUUCUCCCAGGAACUGCUCACUAAAUCCAUACGUUAACUCUCUGUGCCCCCCUCCAUAUGCCACUACCUCUUUCCUCUGUUAAGAAAUCCUCUCACAAGUGUCCUUACUUAGUCUACACCACUGACUGUUGUUUCUUUGCUUGCCAUUGUUCCUGGCCAUUGCUAACCUAAAACAGCCUCUUCAACUGACCAGGAGCUACUUCAGAGAGAGAAAGAGAGAGACUCUUUGCUGAGUCAUGAAUGUGGGUUGCUCACUUUGUCAAGUUGGUAGCAAUGUUGGGUGCAGCAACUAUGAAAGAGUGUGAAUGAGUGGACCAUUGGAAUGUGGGACAUUGUGGUGUAAUGAACUCUUCUUAACAGCAGUGACUGAAACCCACAUUGUUCUCAUUGCCUACUCCAGAGGAAGUCAUAGUAAUCUGGAGCUCAUAAAAAUCUUGCACAGUAUAAAGCUGUAGAACUAACCAGCGCAUGCUUUCAUUCAACCCAUUGUCUUGCUGAAUUUACCUUUCAACUGGAAUUUGCAUGUGCAAGAAGGAUGACUACUAAGGAACAAAGAAGCCUUCCCCCUGUUACUUAGGGGGUCUCUAUUCUCAACAGUCCAAGACUGCCCCUGGGAAGAUCUUACACUGUCCUUCCAACUCAGGGAAGGGCUACAUUUUUGGAGCCUUUCUUCUCAAAUGGAGCAGUACAGCUUGACUGUGCUGUAGAGGAAAUCUGCCUUUCCUCAUAGCUUGUUAUAUCAGAGGCUGUGCCCUGUAACAUUUUCCUGCUGCUAGGGGUGACUGUUGGCCCAUCAGCACCAACAACUAUGGAUACGUGUGGCAUCAGAAACAUUAGGGGUGCAUGAUAGUCUUCAAAUAACAGUGUUUACCUUGAGCAGCAGCAAAAGAAAGUAGGACACAAAGUAAGAUCUCCUAUGUUUCCUGAGAUGUUCUUUAGGGCACCUCUUGAAGGACAGGGGUAUAGGGGAAUGCCAGAUGCAAAGAUGGCUAGAGCUCUUCUGUGGGUGGACAGCACGGAAAGGGAGAAAGAUAGGAAAUUUUUCACUAAGCACUUUAUGAAAAAAGAGGAUAACCAAGAGGGAGAAAUGCCUGCCCCUAUUGGGGAUUUUCUUGUAGUAUAACAUAGCCCCUUCACAUUUGUAGCAGCUCACUUUAUGAAGCCUUGGGGUGGUCCUGGAAGAAUAGACUAUGAUGGCUGCAGCCUGGGACAGAACCUUGCUGUACCAUUGCCUUGGGCAACAGACAGCAGAGAAAGGUUAACUCUGGGCACCUCACCUCCUUUGUGGUAGUUUCCCUGACUUAGUAAAACGGACUGAGUUGCUUCCUCCAUCUGUCCCAUGAUGACCCAACAUUAGCAGAAAAUUAGCACAUCUAAAAAGUACUGCUUGACUAGGUAGAAGGAAAUGAAAUUUGUGCAGCUGUGGGAAGAGGAAGCUCUUUUCAUGUUUAACAUCUUAUUAGGGUGAAGUCCUUCAAGCUAUCUUAUACAAUCAGCAGAGUCCCACAACUGAUUUUCCUCCACUUGGGGGUUUGAGUGUUCUGUGUAGAAAGGAAAGCAAAAUAAAAGGUAGCAGCAUUUUCUGGAGAAGAAUCUCCCCACCCCCCCCCCCGCGUUUUUUUUUUUUUUUUUUCCUUCUUUCUCUAGGGUGGACUCCAGAGUUCAGGAAGACCUUUUCUGUUUCUUGGUUUUGCUGAUUCUUCAAAUUCAUCCUUAUUAGUUAAGUACAGUUUGGCUGUGCAUUUGGUGAAACUCUGCCUGUGAGAACAAAGUUAAUUGAAAGACCAUAAUAAGCUGAAGCCAAAGGGGCUGGAGGGAGCCCAGUUAGCAUGGCAGAUCUCUAUGAUCGGUGCAGAUCAGAGAUGAACUGUAAGCCACACACCUGCUCCCUUGCAGUUCCCCUUUACAGGCUGAUGAACUGCCAGCCUUUGUGGCCAGCUGUAACAUGGUGUAUUAUGCUCAGGGUGACUGUAAAAUCCACAAAGGCGGUGCCUGCCAGCUUUCAUCAUGAACGAAGAAUGUGGGGUGUCCAGCCUCAUGAGCCCCUGAAGUCAUCCCUUAGUAGUCAGUUGAAUAGCUACUGUGACCCACCCUCUAACACUGGGCAUGUAUAGACUGCCUUGUUGCACUUGUACGUACUUCUGCCAAGACAGAUGCAAAUUGCCAGUCCUAUAAGGUGUCCCACCAGAUGCUUAAAUUGUUCCUGUUUGUGCAAUCCCACACAGGCGCCAAGUCCAGAAUGGGCCACUAUAUGUGGCUUUUUGGAUGGACUUAGUCACAAAUCAGCCCUAACUGUUACCAACUCCCAAUAAAUAUGACGACAAAGAGCAUUCUGUAUUUCAAAAGGGAGCCUUGAAGUCUGUCAAGGCAGGAGAAAAUCUAGGGUUCUGGCAAACAGAACAGUUACAACUGUUACUCGGGGUAGGUAGUAGAUCAGGGGUUCUGCAGCAAAAAAAACUGAUUUCUUUUUCCAUCCUUGAGGAAACCAACUGCCCACCCUCUGAUGCAGAAGAGUGUUCUUCGAUGGUUUAGCAGCGUGUAAAGGUUAUACAUAUAUGUGUAAAUUCCAAAUUUGUACUGGCAAUUGUGUAAAAAUAAAUGCUUUAUCCACUUACUAAAA